AUGUCGUCAACUUCGUUCACCAAGCCUGGCCCACACGUCUUUAAGGAUGCCGCUAUCCCCAUCUCCCUCGUCGGCCCUCACGUCGUCGAAUCCCUCCUCUCUCCUUCCCCCAAAACCCUAGAAACCACUUUCCUGUUCUCCAAAGCGACUGGGUAUUGCAAUGAGUUUCAGCUCAAUUCGCUACUAAAAUUGGCCAUCGCGAAUACAAACUCUCCACUCGUCUCGGCUUUAAUCGACACAGGAGCAGAUCCGAACGGCAGAGACUCCGAUGAAAGGCCGGUGAUGUCUCUCGCAGUCCGAUCCGGCGACGUCGAUGUGGUUCGGGUCCUGAUCGAGUCUAGUUGCACAAUUCAACACCCAAUUGAUCGAUUCUUGCACGAAGCAGCAGAGAUGGAGAGAUUGGAUUUAAUGAAGGUUUUGUGUCUAGGGUUCAAAGAAAUCGACGUGAAUUCAAUCGAUUUAAAUGGUCGACCACCACUUCACAUCGCAGCAAUUCAUGGCAAUAUCGAAUUGCUUUGA